UUCCCUUCCCCACAUACUCGUCUUCCCCAAUUCACCGUUCAUUCUUUGCGUAUUACAGAGUACUCUGUUAGCAUAUGUCUCAUAGACCUCUCGUUCCACACUAUUCCUCCAUCGCCUUCGGCCUCCAUUCCCAUCUCUUGGUUUCUAGCGAUAUGACCUCUAAUUCCAAUUGGUCUUCUUAAUCCCUUCCUGUUUUCUCCGAUUUCCCAGAUCAUAUCCUCUGAUUCUUCCUGUUUGUUUACCGGAAAAUUUUUUAUUUCUGAAAAAUGGGUGUGAAGGGAUUUGUUGAAGGUGGAAUUGCUUCGAUUGUUGCAGGGUGUUCGACGCACCCGCUUGAUCUGAUUAAGGUCCGAAUGCAACUUCAGGGCGAGAAACAGGGGCCUACGGCUGCUGUUCAUAAUCUCCGUCCGGCUCUUGCUUUUCAGAACACCUCUGUAACGGCUACGAGGGCGAUGAAUUUACCCACCCCGCCGCCGCGUGUUGGCCCAAUUUCUGUUGGUGUUCGAAUUGUGCAGAAGGAAGGAGUUGCGGCUCUGUUUUCUGGCGUUUCCGCCACCGUUCUACGGCAGACUCUGUACUCGACUACCCGUAUGGGGCUGUAUGAUAUUCUCAAGCAGAAGUGGACCGAUCAGGAUACUGGGAAAUUGCCGCUCGUUCGGAAGAUCUCGGCCGGAUUGAUCGCCGGUGCGAUUGGUGCUGCAGUUGGGAAUCCGGCUGAUGUGGCGAUGGUUCGAAUGCAAGCUGAUGGCCGGUUACCACCGGCGCAACGACGGAAUUACAAAAGCGUGGUGGAUGCCAUAACCCAGAUGGCACGUGGCGAAGGCGUUACAAGCCUAUGGCGUGGUUCGUCGUUGACGGUGAACCGUGCGAUGUUGGUAACGGCCUCGCAAUUAGCAUCGUACGAUCAGAUUAAAGAGACGAUUCUCCAGAAGGAAUUGAUGAAGGAUGGGUUGGGAACCCACGUGACAGCGAGUUUCGCUGCUGGGUUCGUGGCGGCGGUGGCGUCAAAUCCAGUGGACGUGAUUAAAACGAGGGUGAUGAACAUGAAAGUGGAGGCCGGAGCGGCGGCGCCGUACUCCGGCGCGUUGGAUUGCGCGUUGAAGACAGUACGAGCGGAGGGGCCGAUGGCGCUGUACAAGGGGUUCAUUCCAACGAUAUCGCGGCAGGGGCCGUUCACGGUGGUGCUGUUCGUGACACUGGAACAAGUCCGAAAGGUGCUUAAAGAUUUCUAAAUCAAAGACAGAUUUUAUGGGAAUAUUAUUAUAUUUGGGCUUCUGGGUUAAGUUUAAGAUGUUUAAUUUGCGAAUCAUUUGAAACUUCUUCGUUGUAUGUUCGUUUCAUCACGUAUUGUCUCUGCCAUUAUUAAUAUAACAAGUUUUGUUCCUUUUU